CCGGAUUGCGGUCGCAUCCUGUUUCUCUCCUCCCUCGCCUCAACUUACCACUCAUCACCGCGGACCUUAUGGGUGUCAUCCCAGCCCCCAUCCUAGAGCCCAAUGUCUUCAUCGGAAAACACUACGUCGACUUCCUCCGACCACAAUGCGCCCCCCGAGCGGAGCUUGAUAUCACCAAGCUCCAUGCGCUCCCCUCCGAACAACAGGACCUGUACCUCCUCACCUUCACCUCCGAUCUCGUCCAACACAUCUCCAGCCUCGAUAAGGCUCAAGUAUCCUCGCAGCAGAAGUUCCUGAAAAAAGAACUGUUCAAGAUCCUCACGCUUUCCUCGCCGACCCUCACGCGAGUUAUCCGCAAUAAUUUGGGACGGUGCUUCGGGGCGAUUUUCAGCAAGGGUGACCGUGGCAUCCUCUUUGAAACGGUUACGGACCUGCUUGGACUCCUCAAUGCGGGCAAGAGUGAGGCGGAAUUAAAGGCCAAGUUCGCUGCGGCUCAUUGUAUGGGUGAGGUCUUUGCUGUCGCCGGAGAAAGUGUCUUUGCGCAGUCGGGGGUUGUCGUUUCAAGCUUGCUCAAACUACUCAAAGCUUCUAACAACCAUAUGGGAUGUCGCGGGGCAACAUUUGCCGUGUUGCGGAAGGUGGUGGUCGGUACUGGUCUGCCCGUGGACGAAGGAACCGCGCGAGAUAUCUGGAAGCAAGCCCGCAAUGCCGCAACCGGGGACAAAUCGACCUUUGUUCAAGUGCAUGCCUGUCGCUGUCUCGAGCAACUGGUGAACACAACACCCUACUUUGACAACACAAACGACUUCGAUCACCUGAGGACCUUGGUAUGGAAAGUCAUUGACAGUCCGGUGGCUCCCGUCAGACACGCUGCCGCGGCAUGUCUGGCUCGUGCGCUGGCCAAAUUGCAUGCUACAGACACUCCGAUCAUUUCGGUCCCAAAGUCGAAGAAGGCAAAGCGACUGUCGAAAAAGCCAACAUCCAAGCCCGGGGAGGAUGAAGAUGAGGCGGAGGUUUCAGAGUCCUCCGCUCCCAAGAAAUCCGAGGCACGCUUGUUCUUCCUUCUACCCGACCUUCUUCGUCAGUUGUCCGCGCAGUAUCUACGGAGCACAACAUCCAAUCGGGCCCGGGCAGGCAUCGCUAUCUGCUACAAGCACGUUCUACGAAUCCUGGGGGACAAGAUCAUCGAGGAACGUUACGGUCAAAUUGCGAGCCAUCUGCUUUUCGACAUCCUCAACCACCCCACGGUCACGUACAACCGAUUCAGGCUUCUCAUGACCAGAAGGUUUGUGAAGAGCAUCUUGGAGGACACUGUUGGUCGUGAAUCACUUCGGGAGACGAGUCAACUCAAUGCUGCCAAAUGGUUGAUUAAUGAUGUUCUAAAGGACUACCCUCAAGUGAUACAGGAACGUCGCGAGCCGAGCAAACAUUCUCUCACCAGUGCUCUAAGUGCCUUGUCUUCUCUGAUACUGUCACUUGGCUCUGCUUUUGGAACCCUGGCUGAAAUGUGUUGCGAAGCUUUGCUCCAAGUCCUGCCGCAUCCUAGUUAUACCGUCCAGAUCCACGCAGCGCAGUGUCUACGCAACUUUGUUCUUGCCUGCCCGCAUCAGUUGUUAUCUUGCGUCACCAUUUGCCUGAACAGCCUGAGUCGAGAAGUGGGACAACUAUCUACUCCCCGGCAAUCACCACGUCGCUGCGUCGGUUAUGCUAAUGGACUCUCUGCUAUGCUAAGUACAUCCCGGUUGCAACCGCUUUACGGUUCAGUAGAGGUGUUCUCUCGUGUGUUCACUCAGGCAACCGAUCUCUUGAAAACCAGUAGCAACUCGGAACUACGUGCCGCAAGUACACAGAUACAAGUGGCUUGGAUUUUGAUCGGAGGGUUAAUGCCCCUCGGCCCUAGUUUCGUGAAGAUUCAUCUGUCCCAGUUGUCGUUGCUGUGGAAAAACGCUCUUCCCAAACACUUAAGCCAAGAAAACUCCGCCAAGCGCGGUAUACUGGAAUUGAGCUUCCUUGCGCAUGUGAGGGAAUGUGCCCUGAGUUCUUUGCUGGUCUUUAUGGAGUUCAAUAGCAGGUUGAUAACUGCCGACGGCGCGAAGAGAAUUGCAGCAAUGCUCCAAAACACGGUUGAAUUUCUUGACGAUCUGCCACGGCAAAAGUCCGUGAACGAUGUUUCACAGCGCCUCCACCCAUCAUUGCAUCUACAUGAUAUUGAGACCAUGGUGCGGCGACGUGUACUGCAGUGCUUUUCCAAGCUUCUCCGGGUUCACCCCCUUAGCCAUGCCGAUGUUAUUUCCCAAUCUAGUUUGUUGAGCUUGGCAAUCUCGUCGUUCGCAGACCCGGAUGCCGCUCAAGCUGGUCCCCUGGAAAGCUCAAUUGCAGCCUCUACCGCGCAAUUUGAGACUCUCUGGGAUCUGUGUGAUAAUUAUGGAUUCGGCAUGACGGGCUUGGCGAGGGAAUACGUGCGUGUAACCCUUACUGGCAAGCAUGGAACCGAAAACGGGCCCUCUUGGUCGGCUGUUGAUUCGGCGGAUCAAGCUGUCGAUGAUGCUUUGACUUUCCCUAUAUGCCAAGCAAGUGAACAUGAUUCUUUGCUUCUAUACUCGACAAGGGAAGAGGAGUCUUCCCUGGCUGAUCCCCAUUCCACUGGCGUUGUGAAUGCGGCAAUUGAGCUGUUCUCCGUGGCAAUCCCCAUCCAUGCUCCCAAGGUCCAGGAGAGCAGUGUAGAGCAAAUAGCAACUUUCCUCUCAUCCACCGGUCUUCAGCGCAAUCCUGGGCGCAAGGCUGCUAUGGUCGUCAAUAUUGCUGUGGCACUACUGCACGCUCUGAAGGUAUCCGUCAAAGAGACUGGAUCUACGGUUGGGAAACUCAACCCUGCGACGGACAAGGUGUUGCAGGAGCUUGUUCAGAAAUUUGUCACCGAUGCUGACUUGACCGUCCGGACAAUUGGUGUUGAGGCACUCGGACGGCUCUGUGAGAGCUCCGGAACUACAUUCACCAAUACGCAAAUCAAUUGGCUGGUCGACACCAUUGUUGAAAAUCGGGAGCCCAAUGCCCGUGCUGGCUGUGCUGCUGCUUUGGGUUGCAUCCAUUCCCAGGUUGGUGGUAUGGCUGCUGGCCUGCACCUCAAGACCAUCGUUGGUGUUUUGAUGUCGCUGUGUAAUGACCCUCACCCCGUGGUUCACUUCUGGGCUCUUGGUGGCUUAGAAAGAGUCGCGAAUUCUGCGGGAUUGACUUUUUCGCCCUUCGUCUCGAGUUCCCUCGGAAUGUUGGCCCAGUUAUACAACGCCGAUACCCACAAUGAGGAGGCGGCAGCUCUAGCCACUUCCAACGUUGAAAUGUCCUUCCUCACUCCCGUGGUUAUCAGUCGCUGUGUUGACUCUCUUAUCAACGUUCUUGGCCCUGACCUUCAGGAUAUUACGAAAACACGGAACCUCAUUCUCACUCUCCUUCGCCAAUUCCAGCUAGAGGAUAACUCGGCUCUUGUCACUGAGAGCUCUAAGUGUUUGGAUCACCUCUCACUCUAUGCACCGGGAUAUGUUGACUUCUCCGGAUACGUAAGACGCUUGCAGAAUGAGCUCACCGCUGACAAUCCGUUGAUGAGAGAUGUGGCUAUCCGAGGAUUGAGUAAUCUUAUGAAGCGUGACGCUGUAGCUGUGCUCCAGACUGCCACACCGACUCUGGAAGAGGAAAUAUGGCUUGCAUUCGAUGAUACGCCAGACUGUCCCAUACUCAGAAGCAUGAUUCAAGACUGGCUGCAGCAGACGGCGCUCGUGGAAACCGAGCUGUGGAUACAGCGCUGCCACAACACGCUGACCAAGACCCGUGCUAAGGUGGAGGAGCUACCUCUGACAUCUGCUAUCAAGCCGAAUGCAAAUGAUAUGCCGGAUGAUGAGGUUGCAGGAUUUGCAUCCGCAAUUGCAGGCGCUGGACAGUUAGAAGAAGCAAAUGGUGCUGUCGCUGGCCAGGAGCUUUUGAAGUGGCAGACCCGGAAUUUUGUCAUGAGCUGCCUCAGCGAGCUUUUAGCAAUCGUCCAAGAGGCAAUUCUGCCGGAUCAGACAAUUCCUGCCGAGCUUGCACUUCAACAGAAGGUUGGGGACAUCGUGCGGAUGGCUUUCUCAGCAUCUACUGCCAACGUCAUAGAACUUCGAGUUUGGGGGCUUCGGAUCAUUGACCAAGUUCUCAAAAUGUUUGGCAAGACACCCGACCCAGACUUUACAGAGGCAUCCCUUCUGGAACAGUACCAAGCUCAGAUUGGAUCGGCUCUUACACCCGCAUUUGCCGCCGAUUCAUCUGCGGAGUUAGCCUCGGAAGCGAUUAAUGUCUCUGCCACAUUCAUUGCCACUGGAAUAGUGACGAACGUUGAUCGAAUGGGAAGGAUCCUCAAGCUCUUGGUGCUUGGCCUUGAGAACUUUUCCAACAACCUAGAUACUACCGAGAUUGGCGACUUGAAGGGACUCAACCCGAAUGCUAGGGUCAUGGUCAAGAUGGCCUUAUACUCGGCCUGGGCACGGCUGCAGAUUGCCAGUAUUGAGCAGGACUACUUGAACCAAGUGGUUCAACCAUAUCUCACAAAGCUCACUCCUCUAUGGCUUUCCUCUCUCCAGGAAUAUGCUCGUUUGCGCUUUGAACCAGACAUUUCAGGAAGUUUAGGAACAGCCCCUCUGGGCGGCGAUCUGAAUGAAGUCUAUGCAGCGUUGAAUCGUGAGACACUCUUGAAGUUUUAUCAAGAAUCUUGGUUGAAUCUCGUCGAUGCCAUUGCUGGUUUGGUCGAAAGGGACAUCGACUUUGUCUUCGAUGCGCUGGACGGCAAGUCGGAGUUGGAGGGAUCAGAGAAGCCCGAGAAAAAUGACCAGCAGACACCUAACGAUGAGCCGAAGGGGAAGGGUGACAACAUCAACUAUCGAGAUGAACCUGUGGCGUUCUUCUUUGUUCUCUUUGGCCUGGCGUUUGAAGCCUUGGUUGAUCAGUCUACUACCCCAUCACAGAGAUUGGAGAUCCUCCAGGCUCUGAAGAGGAUCCUGAGACCAGUGAUCUCGGGUAAUGCAAUCUAUCAGGAUGCUAUUUUCUCGGAGACAAUGGACUCUCUCGACCGUCUUGCGCUGACCGAAACGACCCCCAUCCAAAAUGUUAUCGUGGAGAUAGCACGGAACCUAUCUCUGGAUCAUCCGUCUGCCAAGGGCAGCGAGGGUCGGGACGACCAUCUCUCCGACGACAUUGAGCAGCUCUUCGAGCUCACGAGGAGUAUCAUCCUUGUCCUGGCAGGGCUCCUGCCCAACCUCCGAGAAACCACGCCUCUUGCACGAUUUAAUGUCGGCUCAGAUGAUGCCUUGUCUCUCAUCCGGCUUGCGCUUUCAUCGCUGGUGAAUGUUGCCUCGAUUUUCCCCUCGAUUAUCCGCAACGACCUGAAUGCAUGCAUCUUGCACAUCUUCAGCACUAUCCUGGCCACUGGGCUGUGCCAGGCGGACGUCGUUCCUCAGGCUCUCCCGAUCUUCAAACACUUCAUCAGCGGCAUUGCGAAUUCCCCCGAGGUUGGGCCAGAACAGCCGGAGAAUCUUGGCGUGGUGUCACGUCAGUUGCGCGGCUGUCUGACCCGCUUCCUCACCACCCUGACCCUUGCGCAGCGACGGGAGUCCGAGUCAUCUCUGCCUUGCGCAAAGAACACUCUCCUAGCUAUUGCUAUUCUGUUGACGAGUGGUGGUCACAUCAUCCCGCCCCAAGAUCCUGUAAUUUCCCGGGUCCUGGAUGAACUCCUGGACUGCCUCCAGGAUGUCGGUCUUGCCAACGUCGCUGCAGGCUGUAUUCGCUCGAUUCUCCUGACGUCAAAUCCGAAAUCCCCCACCAGCGAAUUGAUCGCCCGAUACCUGGUCCCCCGACUCAUUGCCUUCUACGUCGGCUGCCCAUCAGAGAACGGAGAAGUCCCCAACGAUCCCGAGAACUCCAAGACCGUCGUCGCGCGCACGCUCGUUGCAUGUAUCACCAAUUCCAUUUUCCCUGCGGAUGAAAUGCCCACAGCUAUUUCCCUCAUGAUGUCCACCCUUCUUUCCCGCGCGAAACGCGACGGACAGGCUGUGUACCAAGAAACAGCCAUCUAUUUGCUCGAGCUCGCAAAAGCCAAUCAGGCCGUGUUCCGAGCCCUCGUAUCUACCAUGAGCCCGGAACAAAAGACCCAGCUCGAGGAAAUCCUCCGCAGCACGGAAGCCGACUCGGGAGCCAAUCGGCACGCCCGGGAUACCACACCAUCAGGCAGUGAGCAGCAAGCCAUGCCCAGUAUUGCUCUGAGGUUUGACUUUUAAGAGGGAUCGUUUGCGUAUGCCUUUCUUGCUUUUUCUUUCCCUUUUUCUAUAUAUCUUCCUGUUAUUUAUUUACUUGUUUUUGCUGCAAUCCCCUAUAUUAAUUUAAUCUCAGAGGUGUGACUCUGGCUCGCAUUGCGGGGUGACACUUCGUAUUAUGUCUGCAUGAGGUGUGAUGAUUGGGAUGGAUGGAUGGAUUGGAUGGAUGAAUGACUAGAGCGGAAGGGAUUCAUGCACAGAUCAUGCCGGCGAGCGUUUAUGAGGUACAUGCCCAUUGCAUAUAUAGAGUUUUCUUUUUCUUUUUCUUUUUCAGUGUCUUAUUUUCUCAUGUGAAAGAGUAUAGAGAAAUAUAGGUGUAGCAGGUAUAGUUAUAGGUACAAUGAUUUGGAAUGUUGACAUGGAUGGUGAUGGACGAUGAAUGAUGAAUGAUG